AAUCAUUCGAGCCCCAGUCAUCUUUGCACCCUGAAUUUCUGUCUUUUGGUGAUGCCUUCUAUAUUUUCUUUGUGUGCUCAAGACGUUCUUUAACCCAUUUGUGCUCCAUUAUGGCUCUGUUUGAAUCCGCCAACUGCGAUCGAAAUGCGACCGCUCCAACAGCCAGUGAUGCCGGCGUCGCAGGCGCUGGUAUCCUACUAUCGUUCAUGAUCACGGCGCUGCUCGCCAUCAUAUUAUCGAGCAGCGUCAUUUUUGCCGAAAUGCGAGGGAGAGACUCGGUCAUCCGACGGAAGCUGCUCAACGGUUAUAGCGACUCUCAAAUUAUGCAGGGAAUUGGUAUCCAGAGUGUUGGACUGGCCAAGAUGAACAGUCUGGUGCCGUAUCACUUCUUCCUCAUCUGGAUGCUGUCACUCCUUUCCAUGGCGACUCAUAACACGACACUUUUGGCCCUUAAACAAGAUUACCGCCGCGAUUGGGUGAUUCGAUGGUUGCGACAGUUUCUUAUGUUCGUCAACUUGGCGCUGUCAUGCGUGUCUGGCGUCUUUGUUCUCGAGGGUGUUUCAAAGGGUCUUGACGACAAAACUCUCCCCAUAUCCUGCGUGUGGGAAGUUGAGGGCAAAGGCGCUGCCUCAAACGCUGGUCUUUCUUACGUCGGCACAAUCGUCGUUAUUGCUGGUAACUGCAUCGUCUUUGGCCUGGCGACCUGGUAUCUUCACAGCAAGCAGCAAAGAUUCUACAAGAUCACCCAGAUUGUCGGGUUGGUGUUGAUGACAGCUAUUGCAGUUGGAGCAGCGAUUCGGAUUAUCCUGCUUUCCCAAGCAUUCGGCCACCCAUCGAUCGAGCUCAAAGACAAUGGCGAGACUGUAUGGAGCUUCGGUCAGCUUCUUUCCAUGCUGCUUCUUAUCCUUCCCUUGGUAAACGUCAUUGAGAUCUACCGAGGAGAGAUCCAAGUCCCAGGCCCAAUUCGAGACGAGCGAGCCAAAGUAUACGACGGUGAACUCCAGGAUAACCCACAGGGGUCGCGGACAAAUCUCUUCCAAAAGUAAGAAAUGCAGUCAGGAAGCAUGUCUUGGAUUGGGAGGAAGACCACCAAUUUGGUAAUAUGAAUGGGAAUAAAAGCAGGGACUGUGAUGAAGAAUGGGCUUUACUGCACGAAAGAUACCCUUUAUUCUUUCUGUCAUUAACGAAUAUUUAGAGAUUUGAAUCAUCCUCUCGGAUUGCAAGGAGUAGUUUGCGCUGGGCGCAGCUUCCUGUUUACUUAGGCAUCUACUAAGCCACCUAUAGAGAAAGAAAUUGACCCAUUGCGCUUGCCUUUACUAUUUCGACGCUCUUCGAUUACUCGCACUGGAACAGACAUCCACCUACCGGGUAGUCACCUUAAGAGAGCCUCUGACACGGCAACG